AUGUAUCUAGUUUCGGCGAUAAAAGAAGCUGCUCAAACGUUCGUCCUCUUCCGGCAAAUCAGAAAAGAAGUCCAACUCAACUGCAACUCUCCUCUGCGGAAUGAACUGCUGCAGGUGGAGCAGAUCUGCUUCGCCUGGGAAGGGAUUGUUCUCGAACUCAGUCGGAGCAUUCGUCGGGAAGAGUACGGGGUUGGUUUUUUUCCCAAUCUAUCUGUCUAGUAAGUGAUAAAUUACUUCUCACCGUUCAUCAAAAACGAUAGGGUUCUACAUUUGAAUUUUCUCAAACUUCCGUAACAAGAUAUAUUUUCUUAUAGCUGAGAGACCGUGUUGUAUAAAAUGGUAAUAAGCUCAAAGUGCAGAAAGUCAUCACGCAACUCUUCUGGUCUUGAAAGUUUACGGGUUGGAUGAAAGUUCAUCAUCGGAAAUUUCCUUCUCGUACCAACUUGAAAAAACGUUAUUCAAGUUUCUCGAAAGCCGUUGAUAGUUUUAUCAAAGUUUCUAAAAAAAGUCCCAAAAAAAUCCUCAUACUGAAUAAGAGAUUGAAGUUAAGCAUCUUUGCUUUUUUAAGCAGUUUUUUUAUUUAAGGUAGCUUUUGCUUUUUUUUUUUUUGAAACAUGAUCGCCUUGCGCGAAACGAACCAUUUAUGUUUAUUAAACUAGGUUUUGUUGAAAAAAAGUUCUUUGAAAAUUUAAUUAAUGGAUUUAUCAUGAAAGCUCUUUUUUACAGGGUUGGACAAACGAAUUGACAGCGUUGUCGGACAAUUGUGUCCUCAACGAGCUCCGAAUCGUUCAGUUGCUGAUGUACAUCGAAGCCUCAAGAAAGGUCUAUUUGGAGACGCAAGGCGGCUUCGGUUCAACAGACAGAAAAAAGCACGAGAUCCUUUUCCUGGAGAAUGAGCUUCAACUCGCAUAUUCCGUACUCGAAACGCUAAAAGAUCAAAAUCUGCAACUUCAGACUUUAUUGCGAAAUAUUAUGGUCAGUAUAUUUAUUUUUUGGUUUGUAUUGGUCAUGGACUUUUAACGUCGUGGUUUUGGCCUUAACAGAUUUUCUACAAAACAAUACUUUUUUUAGUUCAUAAAAUACUUUGAUUAUCGAAAAAAAUUAUUUUUUUGUUUUUCGAUUGACCUUUGUAACUACAAUCAAAAUCUGACUUAUUAUCAAAUACUUUUUCUUUUGAAAAAUGUGUAGUGCUUUCAAAGUUUAAUUUUGAUAUGACGUCUCAAGAGUUUUGUUCCAGGGCCAGAACAACACCGUCGAGUCUUUUUUUAGUCGACUUCCUUGACGAUGGCGACGCUCGGCCGGUGAUGGACUAGCCUGAUAAAUAAUCCCGCAAUGCUACGUUUAAAUCCAACUAAUACAUCUUGAGAGUUUUAUCCACAAUUUUUUGUUGAAAUCCCGUAUAAAAUGAACUUUUAUUAAGGUUUUUGCUUAUUGAAACUUUCCCACAGAGUUUUGUCUGCUCUUGGAUAUCGAGAAGUGAGACUGAAUCUAGAGGGGUUUUCGACACUUUUUCUCAGCGUAUCAAUAGUUUUUUUUAAAGGAGUUCAACAAUAAAAUUUGAAGUAUCAUAAUCUAUCAUAAUUUCAAAGUGGAAAUGAUCGACAACGACCGCAUCCUCCGACAUAUGCAAGACCGGGCACGUCGACUUCGCGAGCAGCUGCGGCGGGACGAAGAAGACUUCGAAAACGUCUUCACUCAAGAAGCCGCCUAAUCCAGUCGAAACAGGGAAACGCUGUUCGCUUUUCUCCAUUAAAUGAGUGGGAAAAGUCAUUUUAGAAUCAUUACUGUUCAAAUAAAGUAUCGAUCAAUUUUUUAACCCGAUUUGAGACGCGUUUUCUAGAGUGAAAAAGUCUUCAGAGUGUGAUUCAAACGUUAUCGAGAACACGGUUGUAAAAUUCAAAAAAAGUGUGGAAAUUAGUGUAAAAUUUUAAUGAAAACCCGUCAAUAGAAUGAAAAAAAAGCAUUUUAUUCUAUCGUAAAAUACAGUUAAAUAAAAAGUAUGAACCACGAAAUAUUGAACAAUAUUGAUUUCAAAGUUUUAUUGUCACUUCCCCGUGAAAACCUAAGACUGGAGAAUAGUAAAAGUCUCAGAAAUCUGAAAAACUUUCUUUAAAUGGGCGACAAAAUUCGACUCGUCAUGUGUAAUUAAAACGGACUAUUUGAACACGUGAGUCGCCUAGGAAUUUGCUUCAAAGUAUUUUUUUAUUCUUUGAUAGUUCGUCGUCUAUAUUGAAGAUUAGAAUAAAAUAAAUGUUCAACUGAAUUUUUAUUUCAGGGUUUGUAUCAUUGGCAGUAUGUUCAACUUGGGCAAGAUCCAGCAUUUGAAGUCACUUUGGUCCCAUUUACUUGUCUUCCAAUCAGGAAAAUCAGGUAUUUGUUUUAUUUUUCCUUUUUUUCCAUAGUUUUCCAAUUACAUUUUUAUGAUUUUUCUCAAUAGUAGUAACGUAGAAAUUUAAUUUUUUUAAUGUGCAAAGUACAAAAAAAUGAACGAAAAAGCUCUCUAAAUUUCUUUCCAUCUGUCUCUGUUUCUUUUUUUAAUUCUCAUCAAAUUCGUGAAUAAUCAUUAUUAUUUCAGAUUCACCUCAAAAAAACACUCCGACAACAGCUUUUUGGCGCCUUUUACAGCCUAAGAAAAACCCGGUACUUUUCGAGUUUUGCCGACGUUUCCAAUAUACAAACAAGACUAUUCCACAGAAAUUUGGCAGUAUUUGGGAUUUUUCUCGAAAGACUUUAACUGAUCAACUUGCAGGAUCCGAUCGCCCUCGCGGGCUUCCGAACAACGAAAGGUCGGAUGGAAGUCGUCUUCCACGCACGACUACAACGACCAAUCGAACGUGGGCGGUGUCGUGAGUUUGCAUUGUUAGGGGAAGUAGGUGAGGAUAAGGGGAAGGUCUGAGUCCAGUUAGGUGAUCGGUAGGGAGUCCAGGGGUCGGAAGGGGUGUUGCUUCGGAAACUUUUCUCAAACCAGGCAGUUUUCGAACUUUCGAAUUAACACCUCUUUUUGGAAUUUUUAGUUUCAACAGUUUCAAUUAGUAUUUUUCUCCAUUCACAGCAGAACUUUUUAAUGUGAUAAAAUAAUUUUUCUGUUUUCGUGACAACUAGGAAAAUCUUUUUUGAUUUCUGUGAAUUGACUUCGAAUUCUGAAAUUGAAAUAAUUGUUCGGGCGAAUGUUUAAAAAUCGCCGCAAAUAGAUAAUUUUCGCAUCUAAAAACAAAUUAAAGCAGAGUUUUGUUAGGAAGUCCCACUGAGGGGUGAGUAGUUGGGGCUGAUUAGGCGUUAGUUUAGCUUCAAAUGUGGUGUCACUCUUAUAAAGGAACUAAGGGCAACGAGGGGAAAAAGUCCCCGUGUGAAAAUCUGAUCGUGUUGUUCUUAGAUUGUCGAAGAAGCCGACGAUGAUGAUGUCGAGGGCGACGCUUCCAACUGUUCAAUAUUUUUUCUAAUGCCAUUACUUUUCGCAAUAAAUUUUUUUUUUGCCACUAUUUACAGUUUUUCUCGCGGUUUGGAUUCUGUCAAACUUCUGUGACAUAUUUUUAAAUUCUUAUUUUUGCUCUAUUUUUUUUGUGUGGAAAUAAUUCUUUCGGUGGUUGUUUUGUCUUCAAUAAAUCAAAAUCGAGUAAAACAAUAGGGUUACCAAGAUUCCACCAAUUAAAAGCUGCGUUCAGAUGGAACUGUUUCGUCAAAGACGGCUUGUGCUGCGUCUUCAGCUCGCCGAGCUCGUUCCCAGCAGCCCGCUUUUUUUGAGAUAAUUAUCCAGUAGAAUCUCAAAAAAAGUGUUUAUUAACACUUAAAUUAGUUUCAAAUCGCUAUAACUUGGCUCCUAAAAAAAUCGAAGUUACAGCAAAUUCAAAAAAAUUUUUUUCAUUUUUUCCCGCUACGGAAAUGUUUCAGCUGACCGAGAGCGUGUUGUCGCAGCUCCCGUCGGCUGCUUUUCGGCCUACUGACCUUGAGGAUCACGUCGUGCCUGCGGCAUCGACUUUGUCGCUGGCCGAUGUGAGUUUACUUUACUUUGAAAAUAAUUUGCAUUUAACAAAAUGAAAAAAUAUAGUUUAAAAAGAUAUCAAAAAAAAGAUCCAACUUCGAAGAGAGAUCGCCACGGCAAAAUUCCGUUUCGGGUGAAUCCGCACAAUAAAAACGGGUGAAACAGUGUGAAACCAGGCGAUCAACGCAGCAAUAAAGUCUUUCUUAAACUUUUGCAUUGAGUCUCACUUAAGUGAUCUUUCAAGUAGCAGGGCAUUUCUAAAAUUUUUUUGGCGAGAUAGGUAGAUUGGCAAUCGUGAAGCGUUGCCCACGCGACGCAGCUUUGUCGGAAUCUCGAGUUAAAACGCAAGCAAGAAAAAAAUUUUUAGAGUGUGAUCGUUAUUAUUUUUCAUACUUCUUCUUUUUUUACACUUAGCUUUGAAAAUCAAGAAAGGAAUAAGAACUCACUGGGAAUCUGUCAGAAUAUGGGGCUCUUGUUUGACCUCAUGACUUUUGCCUCACUUUUGUCAGUAGACAUGUACCGUCUUUCGCGAAAAAGUAACUUUAAAAAAUGACCUUUCAAAAUUUUUUUCUUUUAUUUGAAAUACUUAGUUAUUGAAAUUAAAAAAUUCGGCUGUUUUUAUUUUGAUUGACGUGUUUUUUCAGGACGAUGGUGAAUAAUAACAACCGGAUUUCCAACUACAACUACGUUCUCAGAACUCAGGACUCACCGCAUCGUGAGUUUCCUUAAUUUUUUUCUUUUUCUGAAACUAAUACACCUAAGUUGUUUCAUUAUGAUUACAAAACUGCCAUCGUUACCAAUUUUUCAUUUAAACAUUAAAAACGUUUUUGAGCAGAUUUCUGAAAGCUUACUUACUGUCAAGCAGAACCUACCUUUCUAGAGAAAAUGUUUUUAAGAUCGUUCAAUUGAAAAAAGAAGCCAACUAAAAGCUCAUAAAUAUGAAAGAUGGAAAAUAUAUUUAUUAUAUUAUGAGAUUCUUUUGCAGAUGUUGACGCGAUAGUGCAGUUCCAGACGCCGCGACGUUCGCGUUUGGACAGCUCUGAAACGGUGAUGGAGGGAAAUCACCGUGGAUGAUAUCACGGUAAGGCAUUUUUUUCAUUUGUUUUUUUCAGUGAUGCAAAGUUAAAAUAGGAAAAAUUUAAAAAAAAAAUCAGUUUCUUUUUCUGCCUUGAGAACUCACUUUACGUUUUUUUGCUCACUCACAAGAAAGUAUUUAGCAAUCAAUAAUUACCUGGAAGUUUUUAGUUUUUUUCCAGGACAAUGGUGAACAACAACAACCAAAUCUCCAACUACAACUACAUCUCCUCAUCACCCACGACCCUUUGAUUCGUGAGUUCCCUUGGUUUCUCCAAUACCUUUCUGAAUAUACGAAAUUCAGGGCCGUCCCCACCGCCACAGUUUUAUCCGCCGGAGCAACAGCAAUAA